AUGGCUCCCCACUGCCCUCGGGCAAAGCGUCAUCUCCUUGGCCUGGCUUUCCACACCCCUCUCCCAGUUCCCAGCCUCGCCCCUGCAGUUCUCUUCAUCGCCGGCCCCUGGCUGCCUGAGUGGACAGGCAUCAAACUGGAUUUCAAGAGCCUCAAGGCUGUGGGCCCCUCCCUGGCCCUCCUGCGGCGGCUCACAGAGGACGGGAGAGUCCGAAGACCUGUGUGGAUCAAUGCCGACAUCCUGAGGGGCCCCAAUGUGCCCAUCUCAAUCGAGGUCAAUGCCACACAGUUUCUGGCCUUGGUCCAGGAGAACUAUCCUGAGGCCACCCUGUCUCCGGGUUGGACCACCCUCUAUGUGCCCCUGUUCCCGAACAGAACAUACACCAGAGCCAUGGUGGAAAAGAUGCAGGGACUGGUGGGAGCACUGCCACAGAAGGUCACCUUCCCCGUGCGGGCUGUCAUGGUGCGGGCUGCCUGGCCCCACUUCAGCUGGCUGCUGGGCCAAUCUCAGAGGUACAGCCUGACGCUGUGGCAGGGCGCCUCGGACCCCGUGUCAGUGGACGAUCUCCUCUAUGUCCGAGACAACAGUGCCUCUCACCAAGUCUACUAUGACCUCUUCGAGCCUGUCCUGUCGCAGUUCAAGCAGCUGGCCGCGAAUGCCACGCGGAAGCGAAUUUACUACACGGGAGGCAGCCUGAUCCCUCUUCUCCAGCCCCCCGGGGGAGACGGUCUGAGCGUGGAGUGGCUGGUUCCUGACAUCCAGGGCAACGGGAGAACAGCAAUGGUUAGCCUCCCAGACAGAGAAGGCAUGAUCCUGCUGAACGUUAGCCUCCAGGAGCCUGCGGCCAAGGAGCCGGUGCCCAUCGUACGUGCCCCGGGAGGCCCCGCCCUGACACUGGAGUCCUGCCUGCUGCAGCUCGCUGGGCGUCCUGGACACUGGGGUGUCCAUCUGCACAUAGCAGAGCCCUCAGCCCUCCGGCCAGCCCUGGCCAUGCUGGCCCAUCUCUCCACACUCGGCCACCUGCCUCGGCCUGUGUGGAUCGGGGCCACAGUCUCCCAUGGCAGUUUUGCAGUCCCUGGCCACCUGGACGGCCAGGAGUUGCUUACGGCUGUGGCUGAGAUCUUCCCCCAUGUGACAGUGGCACCGGGUUGGCCCGUGGAGGCGCUGGGCAGCGGCUACAGGGAACAGCUGCUUGAAGAUAUGCUGGAGCUGUGCCGGGCUCUCUGGCAGCCUGUGUCCUUCCAGCUGCAUGCAGGACUGCUGGGCCAGAACACGGCUGGAGUCGUGGCCAGGCUGCUGGCCGCCUCCCCCAGGGCCACUGUCACGGUGGAGCACAGCCCUUUGGGGGGCAACUAUGCAUCCGUGCGGGCAGCGCUGCUGGCGGCCAGGGCUAUGGACAAGACCCGAAUCUACUACAGGCUGUCCCGGAGCUACCGUGAAGACUUGCUGGCGGACGUUGGCAGGAACUGA